AUGUCUACUUUCGAAAAAGUCGUUGUCAUUGACGGUAAGGGCCAUUUAUUAGGUCGUUUAGCUUCUAUUGUUGCUAAAGAAUUAUUAAACGGUCAAAAGGUUGUUGUUGUCAGAGCUGAAGCCUUAAACGUUUCUGGUGAAUUCUUCAGAAAUAAAUUAAAGUACCAUGACUACUUGAGAAAAGCUACCAUUUUCAACAAAACUAGAGGUCCAUUCCACUUCAGAGCCCCAUCUAGAAUCUUCUACAAAGCUGUCCGUGGUAUGAUUGCUCACAAGACUGCCCGUGGUAAGGCUGCUAUGGAAAGAUUAAAGGUCUUCGAAGGUGUUCCACCACCAUACGACAAGAAGAAGAGAGUUGUUGUUCCAAACGCUUUAAGAGUCUUAAGAUUAAAACCAGGUAGAAAGUACACCACCUUAUCUAAGUUAUCUUCUUCCGUCGGUUGGAAAUACGAAGAUGUUGUUGCUAAGUUAGAAGAAAAGAGAAAGGUCAGAUCUGCCGAAUACUACGCCAAGAAGAAGGCUUUCAACAAGAAGGUCUCUGCUGCUAACGCUGCUGCUUCCGAAUCUGAUGUUGCUAAGCAAUUAGCUGCUUUCGGUUACUAA